AUGGCGCAAGUUCCGGUUCAAACGAUCCAUCGGGAUCCUCAGCUAUUCUAUUGGAUCCUGAUCCCCAUCACGGUGGUCAUGAUUCUAACAGGUGUCCUGCGCCACUAUGCCACCGUUUUGAUGGCCUCCACGCCCAAGAAACAAGAGCUGCCAGCCAUUCGCGAACAACGCUCCCUUCUCCGCGGCAUCAACCUGCGCGUGAACGCGCACAAUCUUUCUCCUUCUUCCUUUGAAACUCGCAAAGCUUACCUGGUAAAUGCCUACGAAAACGGGGCGUUUUUGAAAGAGCCAGAGAAGAAGGGUCAAGCGGCACCGAAUCCGAUGACGGACCCUGCGGCUAUGGAGGGAAUGAUGGGCAUGAUGAAGGGGAAUAUGGCGAUGAUCGUUCCCCAAACGCUGAUCAUGGGGUGGAUUAAUGCCUUCUUCUCGGGAUUUGUCAUCAUUAAGUUGCCCUUCCCGUUAACGAUCAAGUUCAAGAGCAUGUUGCAGGCAGGCGUGGCUACUAGAGAUAUGGACCCGCAGUGGAUGUCCUCUAUCUCCUGGUAUGUGCUUUGCAUAUUUGGAUUGCAGUCUGUUUUCAACUAUCUCCUUGGGAGUGAUAAUGCCGCCAGUCAAAUGCAACAACAGAUGGGACAAAUGGCACCUGGAGCCGGAGCGCAGAUGUUCGGGCCUGGCGUGGACCCGGACAAGCAAUUCCGCGGCGAAGCAGAAAAUCUAGCGGUCUUGGCCCACCAGUAUACAUUGGAGGGAGUUGAGGAGAGGCUCUUGCAAAGCGUGAAGGUUUAG